GCUUAGCAGGAGCUUCUGUCAGUCCCAAAGGCGUGUUUGUUUCUCGGAGCCAUAGGACCUUCGCUGUUGUCGUUAAGCUAAUACCUGCUAAGAUGACAGAGCUGAGGCACCGUGGAGCCAAAGACUCCGACCCAACGUUACAACAGCAGCCGUCAGAGGACAAGGGCUCCGACAGUGAGCUGAAGGUUGACAAAGACGGGGUGUCCGACAGCGAUUCCAAGGUGGACUCAGGGGUCCCAGAGGUGCCAGUCCCUCCUGACGACACCCCCGUGGUACUAAACAAGGCCCUGUCUGGACUCUCCUCAAGAUGGAAGAACUGGUGGGUACGAGGAAUCCUCACACUAGCGAUGAUCUCCUUCUUCUUCUUCAUCAUCUACCUGGGCCCAAUGGUGCUUAUGAUGAUUGUCCUCUGUGUCCAGAUAAAGUGCUUCCAAGAAAUCAUCACCAUCGGCUACAGCGUUUACCACUCUUACCACCUGCCCUGGUUCAGGACGUUGAGCUGGUACUUCCUGCUGUGCGUGAACUACUUCUUUUAUGGCGAGACCGUGACUGAUUACUUUUUCACACUGGUGCAGAGGGAGGAGCCACUUCGCAUCCUGAGCAAAUACCACCGCUUUAUCUCCUUUGCCCUCUACCUCACAGGGUUCUGCAUGUUUGUGCUGAGUUUGGUGAAGAAGCACUAUCGCCUGCAGUUCUACAUGUUUGGUUGGACUCAUGUGACUCUGCUGAUUGUGGUGACUCAGUCUCACCUCAUUAUUCACAACCUGUUUGAGGGCAUGAUCUGGUUCAUCGUGCCGAUUUCCUGUGUGAUCUGUAAUGACAUUAUGGCCUACAUGUUUGGUUUCUUCUUCGGCCGCACCCCUCUCAUUAAGCUGUCACCUAAAAAGACAUGGGAGGGAUUCAUCGGUGGACUGUUCGCCACCAUCGUGUUUGGCAUCAUGCUCUCCUACGUGAUGGCAGGCUGGCGCUACUUUGUCUGUCCGGUGGAGUUCAACAACGACUCCAACAGUUUCCAGGUGGACUGUGAGCCGUCAGAGCUUUUCCAGCUUCAGGACUACGCCCUGCCCAGCGUCCUGGAGUCUUUCACUGGAUGGACCACAGUGCGGCUCUAUCCGUUCCAGAUCCACAGCAUCGCUCUGUCCUCAUUUGCCUCCAUCGUUGGACCCUUCGGUGGCUUCUUUGCCAGUGGCUUCAAGAGGGCCUUCAAGAUCAAGGAUUUUGCCAACACUAUCCCGGGUCACGGUGGCAUCAUGGAUAGAUUCGACUGCCAGUACCUCAUGGCCACAUUUGUUAAUGUGUACAUAGCAAGCUUCAUCAGGGGCCCCAACCCCAGCAAGGUGAUCCAGCAGCUCCUGGCCCUCCGCGCCGACCAGCAGCUCUACAUCUUCAACUCCUUGAAGGCUCACCUGAUAGAGAAGGGCCUCCUGCCUGCACUGGAGGAGGCCGCCGCCUAGAGCCAGCCGGAGCCACGCCGGCUCGCCCUGAACGGGGAUGGAAGACCGGAGGGGAGGGAACCACCCGGGGGGGAGGCUCUGUGCAGCCCCCGGAGCUCUGGGAGACUUGCAGUGCUUUGCGUGAGCGAGAACACAUCCAAGAAGAAAAAAAAAAAAAGAGAAAACAACAAAAAACUACAGCCUUGGGUCAUUCCAUGUCAUUUGGGUAUGAGAGUCGUGUGUUUGUUCAUACAGUUGUGUGAAUCAUGUUUCUUACACCAGUGUUUUCAGGUUGAGUUAGUGAAUUACUGUUACACAUUUCCAUAAUAGCCAGCUUAUAUCUAUUCACACUGUUGAACAAAAUGUUGCUCAGCUGUACAUUACUACCUGUAUCUAUACAGGAUAUCCUCUAUAUACCUAAUAAUGUGUGUUAAUAUUUUAUUGUACUUUUUUUUGUUUUUUUGUUGGUUGGUUUGUUUUGUUUUAAUGCACUGCUCCCAACACGUUACUCACUGUACUGUUACACCUGCUGCAACCCCCCUCCCCCUCCUUUUAAGUUUUAAUUUCCUUUGUUGUGAUUGUUUCUAUUUAUACAUAGAUGGUUUUUAUAUUUGGUAUGUUCUAUUAUCUUAAUGUCUGUGUCUGAUGUAUUCAGACAGAGUUUGUCUUUGCCAUCUGCCAUAUGCAUUAAUGUGUGUGUGUGUAUGUGACUCUUCCUGUGUUUCCACUGCCAUUCAUCACUUCAAGGCCUCUCAUACUUUGCCAAAUCACAGACAGUAUAUUUUCAUGCAGGAACAUAAGAUGGAUGAUUUAAGUUACCCCGAAGUAUUUGACAGGAUCAGUGCAAUGUUGAAAUUCACAAUCCGGUCUGUUUUUGAUGAGUUUGGUGCGUGAAGAAGCAGUUUAGCAAAACUGUGUCUUAUUAUGAGUCAGAGGAAAUAUCUGAAAGCCAGUGUGAUGGACACCAGCACCCCUUUCAGCAUAAUACACAGUCAGCUGGUAGCUAUUUUACGGGAAAGCAAGUGGCGCACUCACAGAUAAAACACAAUCCUGUUUUUUUUGUUUCAUUCUGUAUUUUUUUAUCUUUAACAAGUCAGGAGCUAUAAGGUUUUACACGUGGUGAGGUUGUUGCAUUUGAGCAUUAGAGCAUUUGUUACACUGUUGUGAUGGGAUGUAACGGUACCUGUAAGGCAUGUUUCGAUGAAGGUCUCUACACUGCCGUCGUCUGCCUCUGUCUGUUGAAACCUCGCCACCAUCACAGCGACAGAGCAGAAUUUAUGACUUUCUCGGGUAAACUUGACCUAUUUAAGUAUCAUGCAUCGUAUGUCAAGUUGUAGUAUGCCAAUACAAUCAGCCACUGUAUACACGGCAGUCAGUGGUAGUGUUUUUACAGUAUGGAGUUCUGUUAUAUACUGUAUACAUGCCACUGGCCAAUGUGUUUUAUUUGGUGGUAAAAAUAUAAAAGCUUCUUUCCUGUUGGGUUCAAUUCUGCUGUUUUAAGUUUUCUGAAUUAAUUUCACCUACAGUCUGCAGCUGUAGUAUAUUUAAAACUGUCAGUUCAAGCUUCUGGUUAUUUUUUUAUUGGAUUGAGGAGUUUAAAAUGUUUUACAAUUGAGAAUCUGAGCCACUGACUCCAUUUAAAGUCAUCCUCCACUCAGAAAUGUGUUUUUCUUGUUCCUAUAGUUGGAUUUUUGAGCUCCGCUGUGCAGAAUGACACAUGUGCAGAGUUUGACACUAGGACACUGCUUUUACUUUCAUCUGCUUAAAUUGGAAAGUUUCUGUGUUCACUGAACCUUUGAUCAGACACAAGUUAUUAUUCAAAGAAGAGUGUAUACAUCUUAACACGUGUCUGGAGGGGGUUUUUAACCUCAGGCGAAGCUAUUGACAGCUUAUAGUUUACAACAGGUGGACCAUAAAGUCACAUGCAUUUUAAAGGUGCACUCCAGCUAUUUGGUUGCAUAAAGUUGGCAAACUAGCAGGCUGAGAUGUCCUGUCGUUUAGUCCUUAGUAUGGCUCAAACUCCAAAAACGCUGCAUCCUACAUUUCCCAUAAUGCAAAUCAGUUGCACUUUUCUUUAGACCUUCCUUGACAGGUUAUUAUCAAGGUUUUUUUUUUUUUUUAAUUCUACCCCCUCAGUAACUGUUUUAAUUUUCAGUCUCCAAACCCUAGCUGGUGUAACAUCAGCAGGGUUAUUUUCUCAGUCUUAAAGAAGCUUCUGGAGAGGAAGCAGUAAAACUCAUCUUCUUGUGUGAAAAUCAGUGGAAUUCCUCAUUAAGACUGUAGGAAGAUAUGUAAGAGUUUAUGUUGGUAUUGUUGAUAAAUUGAUAAUAUAUUGUUAAAAUUGAUGUUGCCAGGUUAGUUCUGUAUAACAUUUAGUCUACCUGGACAGUCAGUGGUGCUGUAGAAGGGCUCAGACAGUGCAGAACACUAAAGCAUAUUCAGUGUGUGUGUCCAACUCUGGUCACAUUUAUUUGUCAACCAGUCAUAUGAGACUGUCCAUCAUGUUUGUGCACAUUCAUUAUGUUUCUCUCACCAUCUGUCAGACAAAAGAAUUCAUUUAUUUUUCACUAUGUCAAUGAAAAACUAAAUGAACUGAAACAUUUUUGAAGACGUAGAUGUUGAAGUAAACCAGUCAGAACUGUUUCCGUGCUCCGUGUUAUCAGAGAAAACAGCAAUAUGAACACAUGCAGUAGUCGGUGUAGCAGUGAUGUGGAGCUCUGUAUUCUAUGUCUCUGUAUAGAAAUCUAUGAAACAGCUUUUAAACGUACACUCACACAGUAAAUGACUGCUCGACUUAAUCGGGGUCAUUCUGGAUCAGAUUCUGCCCUCAAAGCUACUUAUAUAUAUAUUUUAAUAAAUGGAUUUGCAUCUUUUGUAACCCAUGAAGGGAAUCCAUUCAAAAGAGUUGGCUUCAAUAUUUUUCAAUGGAAGAAAUCUCAUACUGUCGAGCCUUGGCUUUCCAUGUUUGUUUUUCUGUCGUCUGAAUGUGACUCGAUUGUCCGCGCGUUUUUAUGAUGUCAUUCGUUUCAUUCAUGUCGUCGGCUUCACAACCAGUCUUACGCUUAACUUUAACUUUCUUAAAAUAUUUAUUUACUGUAAACAAAUGAAACCUUUUCAAAGUAACUAUAAUGUAGGUCACAUUUAAAGGUGCAGUCUGUAGAAUUUAGUGGCCUCUAACAGAGUAUAAUAUUCACAAAUAUGUUUUAAUGAGUUUAUAAUCACCUGAAAAUAAGGAUUGUUGCAUUUUUGUUACCUUAGAAUGAAUCCUUUAUAUCUAUAUUAGGAGUGAGUCCUCUUCUAUGCUGCCCACCAUUUUCUACUGCCAUGUUUCUACAGUAGCCCAGAAGGGACAAACCAAACACUGGCUCUAGAGAAGGGCUUUCUUGUUUAUCGUGAAUUCUGCAGCCACUGGACUGGUUGUAAUCUGCAACCUCGCUGCUAGAUGCCACUAAAUCCUCCAUACUGGUCCUUUAAGAAGAUGUUUAGAGAUAUGUUGAGUGUUCUUUAGUAUUUUUGGUUAGAAGAAUAUUUAAAGUAUUAUCAUUGCCAUAUAGGAAAGAGUAUUGAGAUAGCAGAAAGUGUUUUCUGUCUGUCUUUUCUUGCUGUGACUGUAGUGCAGUUGGGUGUUUUCUAGGCUCUUCCCUGGUAACUGUUGUGUGUCAACUUCUGUGCUCUGUCACAGUGCGAACUGAAGCAACUCCGAGACUUGUAGCGCUGUGUUGCAUCACCUCCUUUUGAGUAGGCAGGAAGUUUCAUAGAUAUCUUGUAUUUCUCCGGUUUCACCGCCCCGGCCAGAUGUGGCUCGGUUUUGGCUCCGUACUGCCACUUCUUCUCUGUCUGUUGUUACCGUCGACCACUAGAGAGAGCUGAAGCUCCUACGGUCUGCUGAAGGUUGUAACACUGAUGCUGCAUCACAGCUUUAUCACUGCUGUUUGAUACAUUCCACUCCUGUAAAAAAGUAGAGAUGUGCUCACGGGGAGGCAGAGUAAAAGGAGACAAACAACACCUUGAGUUAACUUAAAAUAAAACCCUCUUAGUUUGUUUCUUGGCACCCAGGAAACACCUCUGUGCCAUUUUGAAUCAACACGGUGCCACUUUGCUGUUGUGAAUCCUGCGCAGCCAGGACCUCUGAAGGAAUGUAUGGGAGUUGUGCAACAUGACUGUCCCACAUAUUGUAGGCUCUCCUUUUGUGCACAUUUUAUUUUGUGGUUAUAGAUUCUCUUAUAAAGUUGUAUGAGUUCAGUAUAUUCUCCUUAAUCUGUGCAAUGGUUUGUGUUGAGUUGUACAUUUGUCUAGAGAAGCUUUGUACUCCUUGAUGCUAAAAUGUGCUUUGCCUUGGUUUAAAGAUAAUAAAAGGGUACAAAAACCA